AUGGACACGAACCAGGGCAUGGUGGUGGUGGUGAAGCCGACGCUAGCGAAGGGGACGCUGUUGUCAGUGUCGUUCUGGCUCCACAACGGGAGCCUGAACGCGGGACGACGAGAUCAUGGUGGACGAGCAGGCGCAGGCGCUAGAUGGCUGGGCUUGGAUGCCGACCACGCCGUCCUGGCCGCCACCGUUGGUGCCUAUGUGCCCGACGGCGCCGUGGUCCUUUGCUUUGAGGACAUUGACAAGCUCCACCAUGUGCUCGGGGACGCCUUCUUCGGCACGCUCGUGGACCAGCAGGACACCGCCGCCGCCACCAGGGCGGACGACAGCAAGGGCGGCGAGGAGGACAAGCAGGAGAUGCGGGAGGCAUUCAAGGUCUUCGACGUCGACGGCAAUGGCUUCAUCUCCACCGCCGAGCUGCAGGAGGUGCUCAAGAAGCUAGGACUCCCCGAGGCCAACAGCAUGGACUGGGCAGCCGACGCUCUCCCACCAAAUCCAACCUGGACGCCACGAUGGACAACCACGUCGGUUAAAAAUUUGAAACAAAGGGGUAUGGGCUAG